CCCCCUGACUAGUGACGAGAAGCAAGGUGAGAUCCAUCGCAUCCGGCAUUCCAUCAGAAUUGGCGAAACCCUAGCAGCAGAUUGCCCCGCCAUGCUCUGAGCCCGCCGACGAUGGCCGCGCCGGGGCCGGGGUGGGUGGUGCCGCCGCCGCCGCAGCCGCAGCCGCAGCAGCAGCAGCAGGCGGUGGUGGUGGACGGCCGGGACGGCCUCGUCGCGUGGCUGCGCGGCGAGUUCGCGGCGGCCAACGCCAUCAUCGACCUCCUCCUCGCCCACGCCCGCGACGCCGCCGAUCCCGCCGGGUUCGACGCCGUUGCCGCCGCCGUCCAGCGCAGGCGGCACCACUGGGCCCCCGUCCUCCACCUCCAGCAUUACUUCCCCGUCACCGAGGUCGCCCUCGCGCUUCACCACGCCGCCGCGCGCCAGGGGCCGCCGCCUCCUCCUCCGCCGCCGCGCCCCCCGAGCGGUAGCGCCGGUGCCGAGGGAGAUGAUGCUGCGAUUGCCAGUGGAGGUGUGAAGGAAGUGGAGACAUCGGCUGAAGCAACUCAGAAUUCUCAGUUGGUUUCUCAUAUUUCACAUGCUACAGAAGCCCAACCUCAGAAAGGACUUCAUGUAAUCAGUAAUGUGGUUCCAGUCCCAACUUGCUUUGUGGUUAAUGAAGUAAUUGAUGGCAGGAUGGUGAAUGUUCUAGAGGGGCUUAAGUUGUAUAAAGGGUAUGUAGAUCUAACUGAGAUAGGAAAGGUUCUUUCUUUUGUGAAUGAAGCUAAGACUAUGCGGCGUAAACCAGGACUGGAAGGGCAAACAGUUGUAGUUGCCAAAAGGCCAAUGAAGGGUCAUGGAAGAGAAAUUAUUCAGCUUGGUCUUCCCAUCACAGAAGGCCCUCCUGAAGAUGAACAUUUAAGAGAGGUAAAGGUGGAUCCUAUUCCUGGUGUGCUUCAAAAUCUGUUUGAUAGCUUGGUUCAUCAGAAAGUUGUCCCUUCCAGUCCAGAUUACUGUGUUAUCGAUAUCUUCAAUGAGGGAGAUUAUUCUCACCCUCAUCAUCAUCCUCCUUGGUAUGGUAGACCCAUUUGUACACUCUGCCUGACUGACUGCGACAUGGUAUUUGGCCAUGUUAUUGCAGCAGAUAGCCGAGGCGAUCAUGCAGGUCCACUGAAACUCUCACUCUCUACAGGGUCUGUUCUAGUUUUUGAGGGAAAGAGCGCUGAUAUAGCAAAACGGGCACUCCCUGCUACAAGUAAGCAGCGUAUCUUACUAAGUUUUGGGAAGUCUGUGUCAAGGAAGCACGUUCAGUCGGAAAGCAGCUUGCUUAUCACUCCCCCAUUGACACCUCCUCCGAUGCCUUGGGCUGCACCAUUGAGGCCAGGGAACAUAGCAAUUCAUCCCUCAAGUCCUAAACAGCUUGUCUACAACCCUAGCAAUAGAGUACCUGCAGUUUCAACCCCUGGACUUCACCAUAUUCCAUCCAAUGGCAUCCAGACAGUUUUCGUUGCACCACUUCCUAUCACUCCAAAAGCUGUUCCAUUUGCAUCAGCUGUCACAUUGCCAAACAGUACAGCCGCAUGGAUCGCAGAAGCUGCUCCCAGGCCCGCUUCACCUCGUUUACCUCUUCAGGGUACAGGGGUAUUCCUUCCUCCUGGAUCAGGCAAUCCACCCCCAGCUCAGAAGUUGGGCGUAAAACAUGCUGAUGCUAAACCAUUUUUUCCACAAGAAUCAUCUGCCUCUUCAUCUGGUGUAAGUGCUCGUGCACAUAAGGCUAAUGGUAGUGUUUCUUCCAAACCAACAAGGAAAGAUGAUAUGGCUGAAGCUAAGCCAAAGUGCAAUGGGAGUUCAGAUGGUGGUAGCUCUGUUGCCCAUGCCAAGGCAACUGGAGGUUUAGAGGAGCAGAAUGUUGUCGCAAAGUAGGCUGGCUACAAGAUCUCUGUUAUCUUAAAAGUAGAUAGCUGAAGAUAUUGAAAUUUCUUUUUGUCCAAGUGGUUACAGGAGUUUCCAAACACAGGCUAUAUUCUUGAGUAAGUGCUAUGCUCUUGGAAAUGUUGCACGACAGCGUGAUGCUCAAGAUCAAAUAGUUUUGAACAUUGUAGCUAUCUGAAAGCAAAACUGCACUCACCACACAACUUCAUCUUCUCUACGGCGUCAUUAGAGCAGCGGGACCAAUUAUGAUGCUUUUUUUUUUUGGUCAGAGCUUAAGCAUCAAUUUUUGUAUGUUAUGAGCCUCCCAUUUGCUCAUGGAGUGCAAUUUGAGGAGAAAUUCGAAAGAAAAUUUUGUAUAUGAUGCUAUAUAUGUCAUCUUUGUUGCAUAACGAAUCUGAAAUUUGCAUCCUACCGUGGGAGAUGUGUUUGUCAGUUAUGUCGUCCGACAAUAAUUGAAGUGAAUUCAGUAUUA